AAAGAGUCCAGGAUGGGAAAACUGGUCAAGUGAUUGUAGUUAUUUGAUUGUAGUCCCACGUUUUAAUACAUUUCAUGUUUUUAACUAUUAAAUGCUACUUACAAAGCAUAUAAGAAGGCUUCAAAGUAUAGAGAGCUCUUUGGAUGUGCUGAAAUUCUGCUGGUAAACUAGCUGCAGCUUUUGGAACAGGUGAAUAAAGGUUGUUUUGCACAAAGUGUCUCGCCUGCAGACAUACAACCUCUCAUCUUUCCAUUAGGCUUUCUCACAUCACUUAAGGAAGGGUGUAAUUUUCCACCAACUAGGUCUGUUCAGUUAGAAACAGCACUUGGCUGUCACUGUGCUUCAUUCAGGCAGAGGCACUGUCUACAGGUGAUGGAAGAGUGUCAAGACAUCUGUAUAACACUGAGGCAAAGAGCUUAUUUUCCACUGCACUGGGGGACGUAGGCCAUGCAGGUGACAUGCAGGUGAAAUGCCUUCUUGUUGAACAACUUUCAGGCUUGCUUUCUUUGGGGCACACUGCGUGUAAAAUCGCAAUGAAUUGACUUGGAAGUUGCAUUGGUUUCUAUGUUGUUGGUUUUGGUUGGGGGUUUUUUGUUUAGUUAAUGGAGUUUUUUGUUGUUUGGCUGUUCUUUUGUAAUCCACCUCGUUGUUGUUGCCUGAAGGAUAGGCAGGGCCAGCUGCGGAGGCGUAGUUAAUGAAAAUGCUGGUGCAGAUGCUUUAAAGGACACUUGGUGUUUUGGUGCUGAAACGGCGUGCUGUGCCACGGACUCAUUUGGAGAUCUCACGUACAGUUUUUAAGACAGAAAUACAACUUCACUGACAGGUACAGUGGUAGUGUUACUGGAGUUGUUUUGUUCUAACAAUGGAAAAGUAAGUUUGCUUGGACUUUCUUUUUUUUUUUUUUUGGCAUUUUGUUUGAGACUGUAACUUGACUAAUUUCAUGCUUGUCUUAAAAUUCAUAACAUUUUGGAAUGGGGUCGGAGAGUUCAGUGACUGAAGUUGUGUUUGUUCUUCAUUAGAAGGGUUUUUAGGCUUAUUUGUAUGUAGUAGAUGAUCCUUAACGACUCUUAUACUGUUGAUUGCAGGAACAUAGAGAAGUUGUGAGACGGUUCUUUUUCUUUUGCAUUUCCUUGACUAUUAAAUGGGAAACUAGCACAUAAGAUGGACAUUGCAAUUAUGACGGAAGGUUAUGCUGCCUUCCAAGAGGACAGUUCUGGCGAUGAAGCUGAAAGUCCUUCCAAGUUGAAGCGGUCCAAGGGAAUACAUGUCUUCAAGAAACCCAGCUUUUCCAAAAAAAAGGAAAAGGAUUUUAAAAUAAAAGAGAAACCCAAAGAUGAAAAACACAAGGAAGACAAGCAUAAGGAAGACAAACACAAAGAGAAGAAGUCGAAAGACUUAACUGCAGCAGAUGUUGUAAAACAGUGGAAAGAGAAGAAGAAAAAGAAAAAGCCAAUUCAAGAGCCAGAGAUACCUCAAGUGGAUGUUCCAAGUCACAGACCUGUGUUUGGCAUUCCGUUGUCUGACGCAGUAGACAGGACCAUGAUGUAUGAUGGCAUCCGCCUGCCUGCAGUUUUCCGUGAAUGUAUAGAUUACGUAGAGAAGUAUGGCAUGAAGUGUGAAGGCAUCUACAGAGUUUCAGGAAUAAAGUCAAAAGUUGACGAGCUGAAAGCAGCCUAUGACCGAGAAGAAUCUCCCAACCUGGAAGAAUACGAGCCCAACACAGUAGCCAGCUUGCUGAAACAGUACCUACGGGAACUGCCUGAAAACCUGCUUACCAAAGAGCUAAUGCCCCGCUUUGAAGAUGCUUGUGGAAAGAGCACAGAAGCUGAGAAAGUCCAGGAGUGCCAGAGGCUGCUGAAGGAGCUGCCCGAGUGUAACCAUCUGCUCAUUUCUUGGCUCAUUGUGCACAUGGACCACGUUAUCGCAAAGGAACUGGAAACAAAAAUGAACAUCCAGAAUAUUUCUAUAGUGCUCAGCCCUACUGUCCAGAUCAGCAACCGUGUCCUGUACGUAUUUUUUACACACGUUCAAGAGUUCUUUGGGAAUGUGACCCUAAAACAGGUAACAAAACCUCUUCGUUGGUCAAAUAUGGCGACCAUGCCGGCACUACCAGAGACACAGGAAAGCAUCAAAGAAGAAAUCAGACGACAGGAGUUCCUACUGAACUGUUUACACCGAGACUUGCAGGCAGGGAUAAAAGACUUAUCCAAAGAAGAGAGACUCUGGGAGGUGCAAAGAAUUUUAACAGCUCUUAAGAGGAAGCUAAGAGAAGCCAAGAGACAAGAGUGUGAAACAAAGAUUGCACAAGAAAUUGCCAGCCUUUCCAAGGAGGAUGUCUCCAAAGAAGAAAUGAAUGAGAAUGAGGAAGUUAUAAAUAUUCUACUUGCUCAGGAGAAUGAGAUUUUAACAGAGCAAGAAGAACUGCUGGCCAUGGAGCAGUUUCUGCGGAGACAAAUAGCCUCAGAGAAGGAAGAAAUCGAUCGCCUUCGUGCAGAAAUAGCUGAAAUACAAAGUCGCCAGCAGCAUGGCCGGAGUGAAACAGAGGAGUAUUCUUCAGAGAGUGAAAGUGAGAGUGAGGAUGAGGAGGAGCUGCAGGUCAUCCUGGAGGAUUUGCAGAGGCAGAAUGAGGAGCUGGAGAUAAAGAACAAUCAUCUGAACCAAGCAAUCCACGAGGAGCGAGAGGCCAUCAUUGAGCUGCGCGUGCAGCUCCGGCUGUUGCAGCGAGCCAAGUCAGAGCAGCAGGCACAGGAGGAGGAGGAAGCGGAAAAGCGUGGGGCUGCUUCUCAGCAGCAAAGGGACGGGGUCCUGGAGACAAAAGCAGCCAAAGAGCAGCCAAAAGCAAGCAAGGAGCAGCAAGUGAAGCCAUCUCCAAGCAAAGACAGGAAAGAAACUCCUAUUUGAUCAGGCUUCUUGGGUAUUUGUAACGUAACAUCAACCACCGUGUGCAAAUAACUGACAUUUGGGUCAAACUGCACAACUGGUUGCUGGCUGUGCGCAUCCUGUAAAGAACUUUGUCUGCUAAGCCUGGAGACUGCUGUCUCUACUCCCUGUGGCUUCUGCUCAUCACUCAGGUGAGUGCAGAGAGGCCAGAAGAGUUCUCCAGCUUCUAUCAGAUUAUUUCAAGACUGGUUUCCUUCAGGUGAUUUACAAUAAUUCCGUAACAGUUUUAUUUUAAACCAAACCCAUUAUUUACAUUCAUCAGAGCAGAACUGAAGGUCUCAUUUCCAGCAAAUGAGCGCAAACACCGACACGUACUCAUUAUUUGCCCCGUGAUUCUACUCAUUCACCAUUAUUUCUGCUUAUUAACCUCGUCACUUCUUGCUUGUGCCUUUGAUACCUUUCUGAUGCAGAUUAUAUACAUGGGAGCUUUAAAUUUAUCCUUGGUUGGCUGAAAAGGUGGGAGACUGUGGGGUAUCACGUUUACCUGACAUGCCCUUAAACUUCUUUUUUUUUUGUUUUAAGGUGUACUGAAUAAAUGUAAAACUUGACAGAUGUUACUUAUGUCUCUGUAUGAUGGAAACGUUCACCAAGAGCUGUUGGUGUGUGGCAGUGCAGCUGAUGCACCUGCUCACUUGCAAACCACCGUCACACCCACGGUGAGACAGGUCUGCGCUGCUGCCCUACAGCAAGGCAGUGCUGCGUUCCUCCCUGAAGGAGCGGCACCAGCUGGAGGCGCCGAGCCCAGCAACAGCCUUGGGCCGGCGUUGUAAGCCAGCCUGGUGGCUGCUUUAUUUCCUGCCUCCACCCCUCCGAAACCUUUGACCCUGCAGGCAGCUGAGGGCCGUUGUUUCACAAGCGACCUCUCCGUCAGCCCCUGGGGCAGGUGCAGAGAGCUGCUCUUAUUUCUCAAUCGGGGUAUUUAUUUUCAGCACCUGUUGGACGUGGUUAUAAUUCUGUAUCUAUUGCACUGUUGUGAAGCAUUGGCCAUGAUUUGAUUUUGUACAAAUAAUGCUUUGAUAUGUUAUAGAAAACUGCAUAGUAUUUUUUUAAAAUUUGGAAAGAAGUUUAUAAACACAAAAAGCGGUCAGAUGACAGAUGUUAAAUAGAGCAUUCUCCCUUGCCUUCGUUACAUACAUUUUAUAUAUGCUGGCAAUAUUUAAACUUUUUUUUUUGUUGUUUCUUUCACACUAAUUCCUAUUGAAUUGUCACGGAUUUUUCUAAUGUUCUUCAGAAAAAUCUCUUAAUCUGGUUAACUUUUAUUUUGUUAGGAUUGUAUUUAUCAAGCAAAUAAAUUCAACAGCCAUUUGAAAGGA